AUGGGGAAUUCAAAUUAAAAAUUGUUAGAUGAAAAGUAUGAAAAUGUGAUGAAGAAAUUCAAAUUUAAAGAGUCUAUUCAUCAUAAUUAACUAGGUAUGAUUAGAGUUUACACUCUCAAAGAUGAUAAUGUAAUUGAUGUACGAUUGAAUAGAAUUAUUCUAUUUUUGAAAUUCAUAAGACAGCCACUACAUUAGAGGAAGCCAAACUCAUGUUAACACAUUACAAAAAUAGAAAGUGUUACAACAAUGAUAAUCUCACAUAAAUAUUUUUCAUAUCUGAAUAACAUAGUCAAAUCUUAUGUUAAGAUUAAACUUAAUUAACUGUAAUAGGUGAAUUCUUUUAAAAUAACAUAUAAAAUGAAAUGAUAAUGAAUUAUUAAUCUAAAAGUUACUCUUAAAAUAAUUAACAAUUUCCAGAAUUAAGAUUAUGGUAAAUAAUACUAUAAAUUGUAAAUGCUUGUACUUUUUUAGAAAAGAAUGGAAGAUAUCAUGGAGAAAUUAAAUCUAAAAAUAUCUAUUUACAUCCUGAUCAAAGUCUAAAAUUAACAGUAUUCAUUUUAUUAUUUAUCUUAUUAGGAAUAUAAUUUAAUUUAUGGUAGUAUGAAUGGAUAUUAGAAAGCAUUAUUAUUAAAUGAUUUUCAAUAUCUAUCUCCUGAAUUAUUAAAAGAAUUAAGAGCUAAAAACUCAUCACCAAACGUAGAUUUAAUCAAAUGUGAUGUAUUUGCUUUAGGAUUAACUCUCUUGGAAUUAGCUAGUCUUAAAUCCUGUGAAUAAUAUUAUGAUUGGAUAAGUAAAGAAGUUCACAUUGAUAGAAUAAUAUAAGCAAAUGAUCUAUUAAUAUAAAGAGGUUACUCAACGCUUUUUACUAAUUUAAUAUAUUAGAUGAUAUCUGAAGUAGAGACCAGACCAAAAUUUAGUGAUUUAUAAGAAGUACUAUCUCAUUUUGAGAAUGAAAUCAACAACAAUAUUGACUUCUAUUCAAGAUAUCUGAUGAAAUAGAAUCAUUAACAUAAUAUUAUCAAUUCAAUGUGGUCACGCUCGAAACCUGAACCAAUUAGUUAACCAUAAUCAAUAUUUUUACCACAUGGAUCACAUUGA